GGGGGCUCCGGUUUUCGUCUUCGAAGUAAUUACUCUCGACGAUCCUCUCAUUCCUUACUCAACCACCAAAUUUUAUUGCAUAGUUCUAUCAACUACAUUUAUACCGGACAGGGGGCCACAGGUGCAGCUCAGUUGCACCCAUUCGCGAUGCUGCAUUCAUCACUCUCACCUUCUUCUCUUCUACUUGACAGUGGACUAUUUGUACCUUAUGUUAAGCUGAUAUCGGCUUAACUUUUUUCGUUUUGACAAUUAGAUGAGAACUAGUCGACCUCGAGAGAUUCCUCUCUAUUGUUGCGACUUGUAGGUGUUAAAUCAGCCAUUUUCCGCCACUCGGCGGCUCGAGGUUGUCGUGCAUCAUUUAAUAGAGUUUUCUUCACCAGUCUGGUCGAACCAGGCAUUCGAGCGCUAGCUGAAACUAGAUGUACAUAGCACGUGUUUCUUAAAUUACAGAGCAGCAGGAGUGGAAGUCAGUGAGUAUGCAUGGAGAAGAGGGAAAUAACAGGGACUGCACGAGCAACCUUGGUGUGGGGGAGAAACUUGAAAGCAACAACUCGGACUCACUGCAGUGGUCCAAACGGCAGUUGACAGCGCUCGAGUACGGGCCGUCCCCAAUUUGUCUCUGUUCAAAGUCAAAUUGCCUCUGAUAUCGAUACUUUAUGCACGUAACAACACUCCUGAGUUAAUGGAGAAAGUAAUUCCAGAAAGUAAUUCGUAAGCUGUAUGUGUACAGUGUACACCGAGGACGCAAUUAAUGGAGCCGUUAAUUGUACUUGGCACUGCACGUUUGAGUGAGUGAUGAGGAAGGAGGAGAAGGGAAGAAGGCGAGGUGACAACUGGUGAGAAGGGGACAGGAGAGUUAAACUUCACUGCGUGGCUGUGUGGUCGUCGCUGGAAACUCAAGUGUGGCUCGGGCAUGAUAACAGGAGUAAUGAUGAAAUCUACAUGAGAGUCCAAAAUGGCUUCCUGUCUGGACUGGAAAGUUGGGUCACCACCAUCCAGCACUGAUAUGCUUCUUUAGGGGACCGUCCCAUACAUCCGUCCUGAUCCUCAAAUCCCGUCACCACCACCCUCCAUUUUUGUUCGAUAAAAAGAUCGGCGCUAUUUGCUCUGUGUGCGAGGUAUGGGAGCAGAGGGGAGUCAAUACAAGAAAGGGCUGUGGACAGAUGAAGAAGACAGACUCUUGGUCGACCACAUCAGGGUCCACGGAACUGGCCGCUGGAGCCGCAUUCCUAAGCUCACAGGCCUCAACAGACACGGGAAGAGCUGCAGAUUGAGGUGGCUAAACUACCUGAGCCCCGCCGUGAAGCGCGGCAAAUUCUCCGAGGAGGAAGACGACCUCAUCGUCAGACUCCAUAAACUCCUCGGAAACAGGUGGUCACUGAUAGCAGGAAGGGUUCCCGGAAGAACGGACAACCAAGUGAAGAACCACUGGAACACCCACUUGUGCAAGAAGCCCGGGACCGGAAAUUUUAAACGUCCGAGAAGCGAUCCCGAUCCAGAGCGUCGAGCUCAAGAAGAAAAGGAAACCACCAAUCUCUGUCAUCCCAACAACGAUUCAAAUGCGGGUGAUUGCGAUCGGCUCCCUCACCGUCAGAGUACGAUUAGUACCGGUAACACCAAUGAUGUCGAAGUCGGAGAGGUCUCGAUGAAGGGGAAACUUCUCACGGGAAGUGAGGGUAGUGAUGGUGACGAGUGGAUGAGGGGUCACUUUUUUGGGCUUGGAUCUCCCAUGUUAUCUAGUAACAGAUACUUCGAGCUAAGUAACGUGGGGUUGGAAGACCUCGUUGUAGACAGUUACUCUCUCGACCAAAUGUGGCAGCAUCUCUAGUAGUUUCCUUUCAGCUUAGUUAUCAUUUGGUUCUAGGUUAACGUUUGAUUUAUGUACAGUUUCAAGUUUCUGUACAGAUUUCAGUACGUAGAACUAGAAUCCAUUAACAUC